AUGAGGCUAAUUACCAUGGGCAUAAUGAUCAUGGUUUUAUUCAUGACAAGAAGUGUAAAUAGCUUUGUGGGCAUCACAUGGGGCAGACAACAAUCACAACAAUUAGUUCCAUCAAUGGUUGUUGAUUUGCUUUUACAAAACAAGAUUCCAGCAUUGAGAUUAAUGACUUCAGCCUCUGAUAUUGUUCAAAUUUUUUCUGCCACUAACAUUAGCAUUGUUAUUACUCUUACAAAUAGAAAUGUAAAUCUUAUAAAUAGGAAAGAUCUUGCCUAUGCAUGGAUAAAUGAUAAAGUCAAGCUACCUAUCAACAAAGGUGUCAACAUAGUGGAACUAUGUAUUGGGGCUGAGCCAUUUUCAAAUACAUUCUUGAAAGAUGCAACGAACUAUCAAGUGGUGAAUGUGAUAUCAAUCGUACGAGAAGCUCUAGACGAGAUGAACUUAGGGUAUGUCUCAACAACGACCGCUCAUGGCAUGGAUGUCAUAACUAUCGCGAAAGUCCCAUCAAAAUCAGACUUUCGCGAUGACAUAAAAGGAUUGAUGCUCGAAUCACUAAAGUUCUUCAACCGAACAGGCACACCUUUUCUAUUGAACAUGUUCCCUAUCCAAAUGGUUAAGGAUGUACUUAAUUACCCCAUAGAAUUCACAUUUUUCGAUAACAUGAGCAAUUUCAAGAUUCAAGAUGGUAAUGUCACGUACACAAAUGCAGUGGAGUUAAUGAUAGAUUCCAUUGUGUGGGCAAUAAAGAAAGCGGGAUAUCCUGAUAUGAAAAUUAUGAUUGGUCAAAUUGGAUGGCCUACCGAUGGAUAUCCAUAUGCAAAUCUUAAAAAUGCAGAGAGAUUUCAUAAGGGGUUAUUGAAAUUUAUAGCAUCAAAUAAAGGGACACCACUUAGGCCAGGGCCAAUAGACACAUAUCUUCAUAGCUUGUCAGAUGAGACUGAGUUUCCAACAAAAUUUGGUGCAUUUCAAAGACAUUGGGGCAUUUAUGAGGCAGAUGGAAAUCCAAAGUACAAGAUUGAUUUCUCAUUACAGGACCGAGACGAAUAUCCCACUCAAGCUAAGGGCAUUGUGACAAUGCCAAAUCGAUGGUGCAUGUUCGAUGGGGACAAAAGUAACAUGGAUUUGGCGAAGAAGAAUUACAACAUUGCAUGUGAAGAAGCAGAUUGUACAAAAUUGGAACAAGGAGCUUCAUGUGGUGUACUAAGUGAUGAAUCUAAAAUUUCUUAUGCUUUUAAUGCAUACUUCCAAAAGAAUAAGCAAAGUGAAGAAUAUUGUAAUUUUAAUGGCUUAGGUAAAAUUACAACAAUAAAUCCUUCUGUAGAAAAAUGUGUGUUUCCUAUUGAGAUAUUGUCAUUCCAAGAUCAAGUGGCUGGUAAUGCUAUGAUAUCAUUAAAAAUUUGA